AUGAGCUUCCGUCAUGGCACGGCCACCACAACGGCCACUCACACAAGGUCUGGCUCACCCGACAGCGAUCCCAGCGAGGACAUCGCGCCUGUGCCAUCGAAUCCAUUCCAGUCUCCAUAUGGCUCAAUGCCGGCGUCUGCGAUGGGUUCAUCGACCGGCGUCCAUCAAGCACCUCCUCCAAGGUACUUCCACUCACGACGCAUCAACAAGGGAGACAUUGAGAAGCCAUGGCUCGAGAAGAAGGAUCCAAAGGAGAAGUGGGUGUGGAUAUUGCCAGUCAUCGGCAUGAUCAUCGGUAUCGGCCUUGCCGGAUUCCUCAUCUACGAAGGACUACAAAAGGUCUCCAACAACCACACCUACUGUCCAGUGCUGGACACGGAUUUCUCCAACGGCAUUGAUCCUAAGAUCUGGACGAAGGAGGCUGAAGUCGGUGGAUUUGGCAACGGACAAUUCGAGCAGACUACCACCACCGACGAGAAUGCAUUCAUCAAAGAUGGGAUGCUCCACAUCAAGCCGACUCUCCAGGACGAAAAGCUUGUCGAAUCGAACAAUGUUAUCAACCUUACCAUGGACGGCACUUGCUCGUCUGAUGUCUGGUCCAACUGUGUCGCCGUGACCAACACCACCAACGGCACCAUUGUCAACCCUGUCAAGUCUGCACGCCUCAGCACCAAGGCAGGCGCGAAGAUUCAGUACGGUCGCGUCGAGGUCGAGGCACAAAUUCCCGACGGCGACUGGCUCUGGCCGGCGAUCUGGCUUCUGCCAGUCAACGAGACGUACGGUCAGUGGCCAGCCUCUGGUGAAAUCGACAUCAUGGAGUCGCGCGGCAACAACUACACCUACCCCAUGGGCGGUAACGAUGUCGUUUCUUCUGCGCUUCACUGGGGACCCGACGCUGACAACGACGCCUGGUGGCGAAACAACAUAAAUCGCAAGGCUCUGCACACCACGUACUCGUCCGGCUUCCACGUUUACGGCAUGGAGUGGACUGAGAAGUACAUCUUCACAUACAUCGAUACCCGUCUCCUCCAAGUCCUCUAUACAAACUUCGACAAGCCAUUCUGGCAAAAGGGCAACUUCCCCGUCUCCAACGCCAACGGCACACGUCUCGUCGACUCUUGGUCACAGACCGGUCGCGACAGCACGCCCUUCGACCAGAACUUCUACCUCAUCCUCAACGUCGCCGUCGGCGGCACCAACGGCUGGUUUCAAGACGGAAAAGCCAGCAAGCCUUGGGUCGACGCUUCGAGCACUGCCAAGCGGGACUUCUGGAACGCACGUAACCAGUGGUACCCCACGUGGGAGAAGAAUGGCGAGAUGAAGGUGAAGAGCGUGAAGAUGUGGCAGCAACAGGGCUACAAUGGCUGCCAGUAA